AUGGUGGAUGAUAAAUACAUUGGCCUCGCUCUCGCCUGCUCCGGCUCUCUCGCAAUUGGAACGAGCUUUAUCAUAACAAAGAAGGGCCUCAACGACGCCGCCGGGCGGAACUCUGCAUAUGCAUCUGCUUCAGAUGAUCUUUCUUACCUUCGUAAUCCAAUAUGGUGGGCAGGGAUGUCAACUUUCGCCAAUUUUGCCGCGUACACUUUUGCACCUCCAAUAUUAGUGACCCCGUUAGGUGCUUUGAGUGUUCUCAUUGGAGCUGUUCUAGCUUCUUUUCUUUUGAACGAAGAACUCGGUCAUCUUGGAAGAUUGGGCUGUGCGUUGUGCCUCAUAGGUUCAUUAAUCAUCGUGUUGCAUGCUCCAGAAGACAAGGCUGUUCAGACAGUGGAUGAAAUCUUGAAUUAUGCGAUGCAGCCAGGCUUUAUGCUGUAUUGUUUCACGGUUCUUGUUUUCUCUGUGGUGAUGAUUUACGCUGUUGCACCAAAAUAUGGUCGGUCCAAUCCUAUCGUAUACAUCUCAAUCUGCUCCCUCGUGGGCUCUGUUUCUGUCAUGGCCAUCAAAGGUUUUGGUGUUGCCAUCAAACUCACGCUCAGCGGUAACAAUCAAUUCACUCAUCUAAGCACAUAUGUCUUUGGGAUCGUGGUGGCGGGUUGUAUCGUUGUACAAAUGAACUACUUCAACAAAGCUCUAGAUAUCUUUUCAACGAAUGUCGUCAACCCGAUGUAUUAUGUGGGGUUUUCUUCUGCAACGAUCGUUGCGUCCUUGAUCCUCUUCCAAGGCUUCAACACGACAGACGGAACCAACACGGUGACUCUUUUGGCGGGCUUUACUGUUACUUUCCUCGGUGUUCAUCUGCUCAACCUCUCUCGUAAACCCGAUCCACUCACCGGUCCUAAUGGUCACACUACGCUAGAAGGUGGGCUGAUGAAUCCACGACUAAGCCUUCAAGGGCGGCUGUCUAUUGAUGGCUGGGGAGGUGUAUCUGAUAUAAGACCAGACGGGGCACUCAACUCUGCAACCCAUGGCCGAAGAAGUUCUCUAUAUCGUUCACAGACCUCUACGCUAUUCAACGCAUUCGAAGACGGAGAUGCAGGGGAGGGCCAGGCGCUGUCACAGCUUCGGGAGAGUGAAGAGGAUGAAGGGGAUGACGAUAGUGAUGUUGACGAACGGACACGUCUGCAUUCAGAGCAUCGGACACGAGCUGGAGUUUCCAGAAGCCACAGUAAUUCGCCAGCUCUGCAGGGCAGUGCUCGGAGUUCACCACGACCGCUAUAA